AUGUUUGCACCGAAAGCACCCUGUACAACAGGUCGUGAUAGUGUUUCGACGUUGAGAUACAAGGCUCUGAAUUCAGAGUCAUAUCGACUUGACAGUCCGCCGUUCACGGGUGCAGCAGUGACCGGAGGUGGGCCCGUAACAAAGGAGCUGGGACAGGAUGGCUCUAAUCCAAAUGUGCAUCGGAUGAAUAAUUCCCACGAUACGGAUGUACAGCCGUGGGAUCUUGACAGCGGAAUGGACGAGGAACUGGAUGAGGCUCAUUCCCAACGAGACAUGGACACAGCUAAGACACGCACGCCUUUUUUCCAAUCUGUGCCUCGCCAAGGUGAGACAAUGGAUACGUAUACAUUCCCUCGCCACAGACUGCCUACCCACAUGCAUGAUGAAGAAAAGAUUCCGCUUAUUAUCGUGGCUUGCGGCAGUUUUUCACCGCCGACGUACUUGCAUUUGCGCAUGUUUGAAAUGGCCAAGGAUCAGGUAAUUGAGUCCGGUAAUUAUGAGCUCCUGGCUGGGUAUUAUUCGCCUGUAUCGGAUCAGUAUAAGAAGGAGGGUCUCGCCAAAGCGGUUCACCGAGUGCGCAUGUGCGAGUUGGCCGUGGAGCGGUCAUCCAACUGGCUCAUGGUUGAUGCGUGGGAGUCGCUGCAGGGCGAGUAUCAACGCACAGCCGUGGUAUUGGACCACUUUGCCACUGAAAUAAACGGGAAGAAUGGCGAGCGUGGCAUAAAGUUGCGGGAUGGCUCCUACAAACCGAUAAAGAUAAUGCUGUUGGCGGGCGGUGACCUGAUCCAGAGCAUGGGUGAGCCUGGUGUGUGGGCUGAAGAGGACCUGCGUCACAUUUUGGGCGAAUUCGGCUGUCUGAUUGUGGAACGUACUGGAGCAGAUGUGUGGUCCUUCCUUCUCUCACAUGACUUGUUAUGGCACUUCCGUCGGAAUUUGAUUGUGGUGAAGCAGACGAUCUACAAUGAUAUCAGCAGUACAAAAGUGCGCCUAUUUGUUCGUCGAGGAUACUCGAUCAAGUAUUUGUUGCCCAACAGUGUGAUCCAGUAUAUUGAGCAAAAUGGUUUGUACCGCUAG